GGCAUGCAUCUAAAGCUGGCACAGAACUAUAUAUAUAGUAGACAGCCACCCUCAGAACUUCCCCUCUACUUCGUUUCAUCCUUUUUCCUCCUCUUCAACUUGUCUAGCAAAGAGGAGUCCAAUUCUCUCAAAUAACAAGGAUUCUUGCCUUCCAUUCCCAUCUGCACCAACUCUUCGUGAGAUACAACAUACCUACUCUUCAUCUUUUCUCUGUGGUGCAUGCAUUCAUGUUUGACAGAGUUGAGAUCGAAGCAAACACAGCCGCAUACUACUAGCUAGAUCAAGGAAACACCAUUAGAAGCCUACUACGUGCAUGGAUCACUGGAGUGAAAGUGAGGGGAAGAGAGUCCAUGAUCCUAUCUUCCAACCCCGCAUCAGCCAAAACUGUCGCCGGCCUGUUGAAGAAUUCUGCAGGGAGAGGAGCACAGAUGCUGCUGUUACUCGCUCGGAGCGAUGUACCUGGGUUCCCGGUCCUAUUAUCGUGGGUGCAGGACCAUCAGGGCUUGCCGUUGCUGCAUGUCUCAAGGAGAAGGGUGUCGACAGCCUCAUCCUUGAACGCUCCAACUGCAUAGCUUCUCUGUGGCAGCUCAAAACAUAUGAUCGUCUGAGCCUUCAUCUUCCACGGCAGUUCUGUGAGCUUCCUCUCAUGCCUUUCCCUGCUGAUUACCCUAUUUAUCCCUCAAAGGAGAAGUUUGUAGCGUACUUGGAGAAGUAUGCUGCACAGUUCGGCAUCUGCCCCAAGUACAACCAUGUGGUGGUUCGUGCAGAGUAUGACGAGAAGCUUCUGUUAUGGCGGGUGAGAUCGCAACUUACAGGCAGAAUAGAAGAGGAGGUGGAAUAUAUAUCUCGGUGGUUGGUUGUGGCGACUGGUGAGAACGCUGAGGUUGUGCAGCCAGAGAUCGACGGACUAAAAGAGUUCAAGGGAACAGUUGUGCACACCAGUGCAUACAAAACUGGCUGUGCAUUUGCAGGGAAGCGUGUUCUUGUUGUUGGGUGUGGCAACUCUGGCAUGGAGGUCUGCCUAGAUCUCUGCGAUCACAAUGCACAGCCCCAUAUUGUAGUAAGAGACACUGUACACAUCUUGCCCAGGGAGAUGCUGGGUCAGUCUACCUUUGGGCUGUCAAUGUGGCUGCUCAAGUGGUUCCCAGUCCACGUGGUGGACCGGAUUCUACUGCUCGUAGCACGGACCAUGCUUGGGGAUACUGCUCGGCUUGGGCUAAAGCGGCCUACCGUCGGCCCCCUCGAGCUCAAGUCACUCUCAGGGAAGACCCCAGUUCUUGAUGUUGGCACAUUUGCAAAGAUUAGGUCUGGUGAUAUCAAGGUGUAUCCGGGCAUCAAGAAAAUAUCAGGACGACAGGUAGAGUUUUUGGAUACACGGUCGGAGGACUUUGAUGCAAUUGUGCUUGCCACUGGCUACAAGAGCAACGUCCCCUUAUGGUUGAAGGACCGGGAGUUGUUUUCGGACAAAGAUGGAUUGCCAAGAAAAGCAUUUCCAAACGGAUGGAAGGGUGAGAGGGGGCUCUACUCGGUCGGACUCACCCGGCGUGGCCUGAUGGGAACCUCGAUCGACGCGAGGAGGAUCGCUCAUGACAUCGAGCAGCAGUUGAGUGCUGAAGGGAAGCUCUAGCUCCGGUCGCGGUUUGUUUGCCAUGGUGACGCAGUUGAGUGCUGAAGGGAAGCUGUAGCUCCGGUCGCGGUUUGUUUGCCAUGGUGACAGUGGAAGGCGUGCCAUGGACUGAUCUUGAGUUUGUGAAUAUAUGUGUAGGUUUGGCGAGAAUAAUACCAUGUUUGCCGACUCCAGCCAUGUGGUUUAAGCGGCUAUGCUGUGUUGCUUGCCUUGGUAGUGCUUGUAUAGGCUAUUGUAUUUGUCGAUUUUUUUGUGUUAUUUUGGUUUUGAUGACUAACCAUCCUAUAUAUAGGCUGCUGUGUAUCAUCCUCGGCGGGGUAAUACCAUGUUUUGACAAUCGGGCUCUGUUUGGCCUCGACUGAUCAA